AUGGCUGCAGGCUGCUACAUCGCUGUUGAAUUUAGUCGCAAGCAGCACUUUGUUCGCGGCCCAUUCCCGGAGAGACAGGUGUUGAUUUUGGGGAGAGCAGGUGCGGAUGUUGGCUGUUUGGAGUACUCACACCUGUGCUCAUUCCCUAUGAUCAAUGAGUUUGGGGAGGAUACCAAUUCCUACUGCUCCUUUGAGAGCAAAGAGACGGCGCUGCUGCACUCCGAAAAUGGAAACCUGCAGCAGAGAGUCAACAUCCUGACACACGAGCUCCAGAAGAGGAAGGAGAGAGAGGAGCAGCUGGAGGAUGUGAUCCAGGCCUACGAGAAGAUUCACAUGGAGAAGAGCAACCUCCAGAGGGAUCUCGACAAGAUGACCAGCCUGGUGGAGAAGCACGUGGAGCGCAUCCUGGGCCUGGAGUCCGCUCUGAGGCAAAGGGAGAACUCUCUGCAGAAACUCAACAUGCAGCUGCACAGCAAAGACAUGCAGUACCUGCAGCUGCACGCCGGCCCCGACGCACACAUGCUGGACUGUCCUGCUUUGACCCUUCAGAGCUCCCGUAGCUUGGACACUCUGUCCGACCUGAAGCUGCAGCGGCUGGAGGCCGAGCUGGAGGGGGCGCGGCACGAGGCCCAGGGGGCGCGUCAGAGGGAGCAGGAGCUGAAGGGGGAGUGUGAGAGGCUAAAGGAGGACAUGAGGAUGCUGCAGAACAGCCAGAGGGACAGGGAAAUGACUUCUCAGUGCAAGCAGUGUGAUGUGGAGUGGAUAAAGAAGGUGGGAGAUGAGCAGGUGAAUUUGGCUCUGGCCUACACUGAGCUGACGGAGGAGCUGGGACGCCUCCAGGCACUGAGUUCCAAGCAGACGGAGAUCCUGAGGAAAGCGUCACAGGAGCAGGCUAGCCCAGUCCAGCGUCACUCUCCCAUCCACCACCAGCGCCACUCCCCAGUGUCUCAGCGCCACUCGCCCAUCUCUCAGCGCCACUCUCCGGUCCCCCCUCCAUCCCACCACUCCCCCAUCCAACAGAGACGCUCCCCUGUGCUGCAACGCCUCUCCCCAGACAUGCACCGCCGCUCCCCCCUGCUCGACGUCAACAAUGGACCGGCCUCUUACUCCUGCCGGCCCCCCAGCCAGCAUCUGAGGGCCAGCUUCCAGGGCCGCCGCAGUUACUCCGAGGUGUCGGACCCCUCCGCCUACCACUGCCCGCCCCGCUUCUCCCUGGACCCCGUUUCCACCCUGCCUAAGCCCCGGCCCUACAUUGACGGCUACGCAAAACAGCAGGCCCAACAUGGGGGCUCUCCUCACGGAGGACUGCAGCACAGAGGCUCCCCGUCCCACCAUCAAGGCGGUUCAGGAGGGGACGGGGGCCUCGGAGAGAGCUCCAUGCGCCACUCGAGAGAGAUGCCAUUCCCUUUGUCUGAGGUGGCGCACUUGCAUUUUGAGCCUCCUGCUCCUUCUACACCGGCCCCCCAGCCUCCACAGUCCUCUGAAGAUGAGGAAGAGUGGAACUGCCCGCAUCCCAUCAGCCCCCCACGGACCCUUGGCGUGCUCUCUUCUACAGUGCCCAGUGGCGUGAUGAGGGGCCCGGCGUCCUGCUCCGUGUUCCCCAUCCCUCAGAGGUCUAACACCCUCAGCUGCCACCCGCAGCCCGGCUACAUGUCAGCAGAGCACGCUCAGUCCUGGCCCUCCAUCAACCUCUGGAUGGAGACGGAGGAGAGCGACAUGCGGAGCUGCCCCCUCUGCCAGCUGAUAUUCCCUGUUGGUUACCCUGACGAUGCCCUCAUCAAGCACAUUGACUCCCACCUGGAGAACAGCAAGAUCUGAUUGCCAUGGCAACAAGCCGGCGCAUACAUCUGCGCUCUCCUCUUAUAGAUAAUGCUAGAGAAUUCGCAAGCCUGGCCAGAAGGAAAGUCAAAACACAGAAACACCAGUUAGCUUUGUGAGAACAGAGUCUCUCUAGAUGGAGAAGCAAAAUUAGCGCAGGUGUCAGUUAUAUUUGUGAAGUACUUCAACACGAGUCUAUCCUGGAUUCCACAUGCAGAGUCCUUAAAGGCAGCUCUGCCUGUAUAAUCACUGGUUCUGGUUGCUGCUGUUUUGUUAUGAGUCUUGUUGUGCGGUUUGAGGCAGUUUCAGGUAUCGUGUUGUUGUUCGCUUCACAGUAUAGUACACUUUGAUUUAGCAAAGUAAGCCAAAGAGGAUUUAUGAGAGCUGGCAGGUUCAGGGGCUCUGCAUGUCAAAAAAGCUAGUUUCAGUGUUCGUCAGGGAGAUCUGAGGCAUCUUUCUACUGUUCUCACCAUUUAGCUUUAAAUACUGUGUACCCGUUUCAAACACAAACAGUAUAUGUUGCAUAAGUUUCUGUGUGGCAGAGGGCCAAGAACAGUGAUCUGGUGGAAGCUGAUUUAUUGAAUCGGUCCGACCUGAUGAAUGAUUAGUCCUGAGAGCAAAGAUUUGCUGAUGUUGACCAGAGUACAGAACGACACUGUGAAGGAACCCUGAUUGCUAAUCAAGAUUUGAUGCCAGGUCACUUUCACUUCUCUAAAAUAAGGUUUAUUUUUCCGUUCAAUAAAGUGUCAAACAUUCCAGUCUCAUUUCGCCUACUGACAAAUCAAGCUGGGGAAAAGGAAUGUGAAAGUAUGUUUGGAUCAGCCUGAAAGCGGUUUUAACCCGAACAGAGUUAUGAUGCCCUGCAGGGCGGGGCACUGAUGUUGAUGUGUCCUCUAUACAGGUCGAGGGAUAUUUUUAGUCCGAAUAUACCUUAAUGCUUGCGGCUUGUUUAAAAAUCCAAUUAACUCAGCACUUUAAGUUGGCUACGCCUAUACAAUGUAUCCGUUUUCAGUCCCUGUGUAUAUUUUCCAUGAAUGAUUUACUAUUUAUAUUGUCCAUCUGUAAGGCAAAAAAAUAUGAAAAUAUAUUUUUGCAAAUGUUAAUGCACCACAUGUUACAUGUUGGUGUGCUUGCCCACUGCUGUAUAUACAAAACAGUUUGUCAAAUCCCAACGCACAAGGUGGUUUUCUGUACAAAGACUUUGAAAUAAACAACUGGAACUCUCUUUGGUCUUCCUAAAGAUCUGACUUUCAAAACAGUUUGAUGUCACCACUGCCCAGACCAUCCAAUAAAAAACAAUACACAAACACACUCGUCUGCAUGAUAUAAGACUUUGAGGAAAAGUGGCAGUGUAUUGUGUUUCUAUCUUGGAGAUCUGAUACCAGGAACUUCGUCUCCAAACCGCAAAGUUAUCUCUGCAGGGUUCCAGCAACGACAGUAUACCCUUCUUUUGAUACCUGGGUUUAAUUUGUAAUCGCGAUUGAUUCUUUACUGGAGAUCUACUUAUUGGACUUGAACUUCUUUUGGAGAAAAAUACCAGAAAAAACCACAACAAAGUUACUCUGAUGUCAGCUAAACUAAGGCUUUUGGUUUCCAUGUACAGUUUUUUAUGAAGGGGAUGUCCCAGCAAACCUACCCACACUGGUUAAAAGUUACUGAAGAGAUUAAAUGUGAUGAUAGUGGCAACAACCCCUGUAGUUCUCUCUAAGCAACACACUGAAUCCUAGAAGCUUUGCUCUAGGCUGCACAUUUUCUCACACCAAUUUUUUCCAAAAGGGAUCAAGAAAUACAGUAUAUGACUGAAAGAAAACAUUUAUUGAGAGUUCUGAUAACAGUUCUGUUGGUUAUGAUAGCAUUGUACUAACCAGGUUAAUUGCUGAGAUCAGGGUGAGCACUAACACCGCCAGAAGAGUUGCUGAACUGCUGUUGCUAGCAAGGUAACCGCUAACAUGCUAUCAGCUAGCCUGUUAAAUCUCCCUUGACUUUUUCAUUCACCAUUUUGUUCAAUAAAUAGUUAUUUUACAGGGAAAUCAAAUUACUGCAAGCCGUUAGCAAACUUGUUAGCUUGUUGGUUUAGCUCCGUCACCUAAAGUCCACCUAGUUUAUAAAAAAACUGAUAUUUGUACUAUCAACUUCUGUCGCAUAGCUGUUCUUCAAAUUACCUCUCUUUUGUCAAGUCGUUUUUACUUCGAAAGUGGAGGUUAAAUGAAAUAAAAUGGUGCAACAAUGCUAACAAGCUAAAAUAGCCACAGGUAUUUUGGAUUCUACGGCUUUCUAAUCCAGGCUGCACUGUUAGAACGUCUUGCUGUUUUACAAAUGGGCAAAUUGGGGGGAAAAGUCAUCCAAGUUAAACUCAAUUCCAUCAUGCGUUACAUUUCAGUCUCAAUUCAGAGGCCCUAAAAAGUGUAUCAAGACGAGAUGCGGCAGGAUUUGUGGUAUUUAGCUGAGAAUGUGACAUCAAUUUAUUGAUCCUUUCAUAAUUUAAGUAAUCAAUUGGGAAAGCACAUUUUUUAUUUUUCAAAAAGAAAUCACCUACCACCUCCUCUAACCACAUCCUGGGGAAACCCUGAAAACAUUUGAGAAUUUCACAAGAAAUAGUGUGAAGUUCAAAGUAGUCAACAACAAACACAAUCAUGUCUAGCAGAAUCUUCUAACUUCCUGCCCCAUUAAUCACCUUUAUGAGCCCCUGUUGGAUCUUGAUCUGGAUAAACAAUACUCCUAUUAUUGCUAAUGUUAUUUUGUCCCAUUAGACCUAUUUUUAGCUCAGACAUUUCAGCAAUUCACUUGGUGAUUAUUGUAACUGUAAAAGACGUGAAUCAUCUUUAAAAAGGAACAACAUCCUGAGGUGUACAAUAAAAACUUCAAGGCAGUAUACCGAGAAACUUGACCAUUAAAUCGCGAGGGCUUUAUUAACUCCCAAUUAUUCUAUACUGUAUGUAUGUUCCUAUAUCACUCUGUGUAUAAAGGUAUUUAAAGUUGUGUACAGAAAGGUAUUUUUUUUGUAAGUGUGUAAGGCUAAUGCAACAUGUUCUCUAUUAUUCAACAACUUCAAAUUGAAGUGUCUGUACAUCGGUAUAUACCUACAAUCCUAGCCACCACCACACUACGUAUGAAUUUAUGCGACUUUUAUACAAGAACUACCCUACAACUUUACUCACUAUGUAGUAGUAUGUCCUCUUGUAGUCAACUUAUAUCCACCUACAGCCUGCAGAUAAGAGUUUAUUUGUUGUAAACUGUGAGAUGUGUGACAGUGAGCACUUUCAGACUACACUAUGUUUGAAGAAAAAUCCAAGAUGAAUGUUUACCUGAAGGUUUCAGGGAUUCUACGGAAGCCUUAAAUGGCCAUGGUUCAAAAAUAUAAUUUCUUAUUUUUUUCUGUGGUACAGUUUAUGUUUUGUCGAGACAACGUGAUCUGGGCCUAUGCUUAUUGCAUUUUAUUUUAAAACCAUGGUUUUCUCACAGUCUUUAAUUGUGUCAAUUAGAUCUCAACAAAAGUAUUCAGUAUAUGUAAAACAACAUUUGUUAUUUCGAGAUAAUGACAAAAAUGUUUUGUCAUCGCUAGAAAACAAGCAACAUUACUUUGUUAUCGCAGAAAUAGAGGAAUUCAAUAUUUAAACCAUGGAGAUGAUUCUGUUAUAUCCAAAAAAAUACAUUUGUCAUUUCGAGAUAAGGACACGAGUGACUUGUGAUCUCUAGAAAACAAGUAAAACGAUCUUGUCAAAGGGAAAUGGAUAAACAAUGGCCAUUUAGGGCUUCCGUACACUAUGAUAUAGGACCUUGAUUAAUAUUUUUUCAGAAGGCUUUUUUGAUGCAGCAAAUAAAGAUCAAAAUGUGCAUUUGACUUCACUGACGAUGAUGUAAUGUUGCAUCAUAAACAACAAGUUAAACUGCAUUUGGAAUCUUUAUGAUAACUGUUAUUUGAUUUGUUUAUGAAUUCAGAUUGCAAAAAAAAUGUCAUAAAGGAAAUGCUUAAGUGCAGCAGGUAAAGAAACGUUGCACUUUUUUCUCCAAAAUCAGAGGAUCCACAUUGGCUCACAACCAAAGACAACAAAUAGUUUCCUGACAGAGGACAUUGCAGAGUUUAGCGUGCUUCUUGUUCAUGUCAGUGAGGAGGAAGCUGCUGCAUUGUGGUCAAUGGUGGCAGGGAUGUUUUCAAACCACAGCCUGUUGGCCAAAAGCGGCAAAGCAGAGUGAACACACAUAGUACACACUACACACACACAGUACAGGCUCACAGUCUGAGCUCACAGUGUGAUGCACACUGAUGUUUGUGCUGUAACACAUCUGCAAGUAUACAGAAGCUGUUCUGAGGUCACAUGAAGAUAACAAUCAAUUGUUCACGUUUAAGAUUUUGCUUUUGUGGCUGCUGACUGUCAAGAUCUCAUCUGUUUUUCCUCUUUUUAUGUUUCCUAACAACCACUUUGGUUUACUCAGGAGAUAACAGAGUUCUGUCAGUGUUAGAUUAUAUUAAAUGUUUCUUUAUCAUGGAAUUUCACUCCAAAAUGUCCCUCAGAUUUACUCAGGAGGCCAACGGCUAGGUCCAACAAAGAGAAACCGUUUUAAAAAGGCCAGAUUUUUCAUUCUUGUAUAGCUCCUCUCUCCUGUAAGUAGCUUGCGAGUCUCCUGGGUAACACUAAGCGCACACAAAGACCUCAGCACUAAUGAACUCUCCACUACACUAAUGAGAAAUAAUGUCUACUCUGCCUAACGUCUGUGUGGUGCAACAACACUGCUGGCAUUCAAAGACCUUUACGAGUGUGAUUAACUAAAGGAAAGCAGCAACAAAGGUUCAUGAAGAUUCACUUUUUCUUUCUCUCUUUGUCUGUAAAUAUUCUAUAAAAUAAAC